UUGGAGCUCAACUCUUUCUCUCAUCAAUUCUCCGAUAUCUAGAGAGAGGAACAAAAACUGAAAACCAAAAUCUCUCUCUCUUUCUCUGUUUCACUUCCAUGGCUGCCGACGAACUUCGCGUAGAAGAAGCAAUGCCAUGGCUUCCUACUCAAGUUCUUGAUGAAGCUUGCGAUAUCAAGGUGUAUAUGAAGCAACACCACCACCACAUACAACAACCUUACUUCCUCCAUCGGCGCCACGAUCGUCCUCUGUUAUCACCGUCCGAUUUCUCUCUUUCACCGAAUCAGAAAUCGAAGUACAAUAAUGUCUGUUCUCGGCCGCACCAGAGACAAAAACCAGCGGCUGCGGAGGCGAAUUGGACGGCUGGAGGACAUGGAAUGCAAGCGAUUUUUCUCGAUUCCGGCCGGCAAUUAGGCGGUACCGGCGUUUUUCUUCCUCGAGGAACAGGCGGCACCAGUUACCAACCAAAUAAGAAGCCAGCUUGCUCCAUGGUGCUUGUUCCUGCUCGUGUUGUUCAAGCUCUUAAUCUCGAUGUUCAAGCAUUAGGAUUGCAAAUUUCCUCCCGCAAAGAACCCAAAAGCAACCAAAAGGGUAGAGAAUGCAACUCAAUAGUGAAAAACAAGAAGGGCAAAGAUGUAACAUCCACAAAUUGCUCCAUGUCCCAAAAUCAAACCAAUUCAUCCCAAGAGAUAUUCCUUCCUAAAGAAUGGACCUAUUAAUGUCCAAAUUAUUCAUAUUUUACAAUGUAUGAAAACUUCAUAAUGCAAGCUAGGGGCUAGCUCUUUAUAUGCUUUCAUCCUAAUGUACAUUUUAAUAAUACAUGUUCAUUUUUAUCGGCAAA